CCGCAGCCCAGCUGGAGAAUGCCUGUAAUCUUCGCAAGCAGAGGGGUACCAGUACGUACCUAUGUAGAUACCUACUAGCCCUAGAUACAUGCCCACCUAAGGCGCGAAAAUACAGUGCAUCUACGGCGCGGCCACCGCCGACACUCCGCCAAUCCGCACCUGUAUCAACCAAAUCCAUCAUCAGCCACGAACCGACGAACAACACCACUGUCUUUUCCCAUCGGCAUUGGCAGCUUAUCACCGCUGAGCCCUGGCCCCUGGGUUCUAGCACCACUACCGGAUCGGAGACGCGCCCUCGGGGUUCGGUACCUAUAGUACGUGGCGCUCAGGACUUCUUCCCCAGAUCGAAGCCUCAGAAGAUGGCUUAAUACCUGGCUGUGCAUCGACGUCCUCGCCUCAUCGCCUAUCCACCCUGCACCUCCUUUCAGGAGAGAAGCGGAACUAGCUGGGAACGCGGCGGCUAGCCGGUUAGUCGUGCAGAUCGUGCGUGAUGCAGCCUCUGUGCGUACACCACGUCGCCGCGAGGACGGCGGUGCGCGAGUGCAGGGGAAGAGGGGGGAGCUUCCGAUGGCUUACACGGGGCGGCCGCCGUAGGCACUAUGCCACCGCCCCGGGCUCCAAGGGGCCGCCGCCGCCUCCGAAGCUACCGCGAGCCUCUCCCAAGCCUCUCCCCUUCCAACCAGCCGCAGCCCGCAGCCCUGGGGCCCACCCGAAACCAGGUACCUCCUCAUCAUCUUCUUCCUCCUCGUCCCAGCACCAAGGCCAGAAGCAGCAGCAGCAGCAGCCCGUCUCAGAGCUCAUCCUGACGCGGUGGCUGCCGCUCUUCGGCGCGGGCGCCGCGGCCGUGUGCGUGGGGUUCUUCACGGCGUCGCUGGCGUACUACUGGCGGGCGCAGCCGGCGUCGCGGUGGGACGCGGGCGCGGAGCCGGAGCUGCCGACGGGGCGGCCGUCGGUGCAGUCGCCGCGCGAGUUCGACGCGCACCUGGACAAGUCGGAGUGGCGGCUCGGCAUCACGAAGCUGCGGCGCCGCGUGGCCGCGCGCGCGCGGGGCCACGUGCUCGAGGUCGCCGUCGGCGCCGGCCGCAACUUCGACUACUACGACUGGGAGCUCGUCGUCGCCGACCUCGCGCGCGCCGCCGCCGAGCGGGAGCAGCUCGAGAAGCCCGGAGGCGGCGGGUCCGCCUGGUUCGGUUGGCGCGCGGGGUCCGGGCCCGAGAGCGACGGGGACGGCGCGCCCCCGCCCAGGAGGAAGACCCCCGCCCAGGUCAGAGCCGACCUCGCCAAGAUGGAGACCGGCAUGCUCAGCUUCACCGGCCUCGACAUCUCGGCGCCGAUGCUCGACCUCGCGCUGACGCGCGUCCGCCAGGUCGUGCCGCACAUGGCGGACGUGAUCCCGAAGCGGCCCUCAUUCGCGCAGCUCGCGUCGGAGCUAGGCCCCGGCGCCGGCGGGCCCCCGGAGGGCGUGGCGCUCGCAGGUGGGCGGCUCCGCAUCGUGCGCGCGGACGCACAGAAGGCCCCGCUGCUGGAGCCGCCGCCUCUGGGCGCCUCCUCGGGCGACGUGCCACCCCAGAAGUACGACACGGUGAUCCAGACCUUCGGCCUGUGCAGCGUGCGCGACCCGGCGGCGCUGCUGCGCAACCUCGCGGCGGCCGUGCGCCCCGGCACGGGCCGCAUCCUCCUGCUCGAGCACGGGCGCAGCGACUGGUGGGCGUUCGUCAACGGGCUGCUGGACCGCGGCGCGCUCGGCCACUUCGUGCGCUUCGGCUGCUGGUGGAACCGCGACAUCGAGGGCAUCGUGCGCGCCGCGGCGGCCGAGGCCGGCCCCGGCCCCCGCCUCGAGGUCCUCCGCCUCGAGCGCCCUGGCUGGUUCACCGUCGGCACCCACGUCCUCGUCGAGCUGCGCGUGCGGCCCCCCGGCGACCCCGACCCCGCCGAAGAGCUCGCGGACUCGUCGGCGACGGAGACCCCCGGGUGGUGGGCCUGGUCCUCCGGCCUCCUGUCUGUCAAUAGUCGCGACCGCGACGCGACCGGGACUAGCGGUGGCGGCAGCGCCGCCAGCGACGAGCAGCAGAGGAAGGACGAGGGCCCGCGAGACAGAUAG